AUAGUAUAAUCUAGUUACAUUCUAAUUUCAUGUAACAACUAAAUUAUGAACAUUUUAAUAAUUAUGAAUAAUUACCUAUAGUUAAUAGUUUGUAAACAUACCGUACCAACAGAUAUCCAUGUAAUCGUGGGUCCGGUAGCAUAGUACAUAAUAAAAUUCAAAUAAAUAUAUUGAUAUUCAUUUUUAAUACAAUACUCUUACAAAACUUUUUUUUAUAAAGUUAGAUUAGUAAUCAUAGUUCAUAAUGAGUGAAAUGGACUGGCCAUGGCAGUAUAGUUUUCCCCCAUUUUUUACUCUUCAACCUCAUGCAGAGACAAAAGCUAAACAAAUAGCAGCAUGGAAAAAUUUAAUUUUAAACUAUUGCCGCAUAACAAAACAGACAAUUUUGGAUAUCCGAGAUAUAUAUAACAGCCCAUUAUUUAAUAAUUCAGAUAUCAAUAGAAAAUUACCAUUAGAUGUAGUAUCAAUAAUAUUAGAAGAAUUAACAAAAACUGGUAAUGCAAACUAUUUAGAUAAAUCAAAACAUCGGUGGAUUAUUUCAUGGCAUACAGUAGAGGAAUGGGCAGAUAUUAUUUACUCUUGGGUACAAGAGAAUGGAUUCAUUGGGUCUGUCUGUACAUUUUAUGAAUUAACUCAAGGAGAUGAUAUAAUAAAUCAAGAAUUUUAUGGUUUGGACAAUGAAGUACUUGUUAGAGCUUUAAGGAUAUUAGAAAUGUCUAAGAAAGCUGAAUUAAUAAUAUUUGAUAAUAAUGAAGGAGUAAAAUUUUUUUAAAAUUUUUA